ACCCGUUUCUCUCACCCAUUCCUCUACUGGUCGUCACAGACUCGGCAACGCACAGCGACCACCAUGUCCUCCUCGUCGUCCCCAACGUCCCCGACACCCUCCUCUCCAACCCAGUCCCCCACUCCAUCCUCAUCCUCGUCGUCCAACACCGACAGCGGCCAGCCCGGUACAACGUCCUCAACACUAUAUCUCUUCACUUUCCUCGCAACUCUCUUCGUCCUCCUUCUCAUAUCCAGCGCCAUCAUCCUCCGCUCCUUUGUUCUAAGACGCAGAUUCCGUCGCCGUGUCGAGGAGGCCAUCGCUGCCGGCAUAUAUAUUGAUGUUGCUCCCCGCGCUGCUGCUGGUUCCCGCACCUUUAGGGUCCUGGGUGAGAAACCCAAGUUCUACGAGACCUGGAUCACCCCUACCAAUAACCAGAAAUGGGACGGUCUUAUGCCCAUAUCGGCUCAAAUAGCACCUACAAAACCAAGCAGACCAGACAAGCAAUUCAGUUUCCUCCCUGCCUCCACUACUACCAAUGCCAUUACCACUACCCCAGAUUCGCCGCCUAGGACGUUCCUUGGUCGCUCCCUCCGUAACCCGUUCACACGCGCUCCACCCUCACCUCCCACACCUCCACCUGUUUCGAGUCCAGUCGUCGAGGAGCAGGAAGAGCGCAUUGCCGUAUCCGUGCUAAUAUCCAUGCCGUCUGCGUCGCGUUCGAUUACGGCGCCUUCGCAGAGCUACAAAGGCAAGGCCAGAAGCUCGUGGGAGCCUCAUCGCGAAGAUGGCGAAAUGCCUGAUGUCAUCCUCGGUGUUGCAGAGCUUCCAUACUCGAGGCCGUCUUCUGCACACGAGGCUCCAUCAUAGUGCAUAGUGUGCUUGUAGGGUUGCGAACCUGCUAUGGAUUUCUGCCUCUUAGAGAGGUUAUGGCGUGGAUGGCCCUCCCAUUUUCAUACAAGCCCUCGCCAUCUUACCCUGUUCUUGUACCGGAAUCAUCAUCUUGUGUCAUCUACGCCCUUGGAUAUGUAUUUUGCGAACACUUUUAUAUGGUGGCCUUUUUGAUCCUGUCUCCACUUUAGACAUCCUGUACUUCUUAUCAAUUAUACUGUAUUGCCUUU